UAAAACUUAAAAGUAUUCUCUUCAAUGAUAUUUUGAAUGUUUGCUUUAUAAAAUGUAUCUAUUUUUAGUGUUAUAUUAUGGAUUUAUAUACAGAGUCAAAAUUAAAAGAAUGGGGAUUCUCGACAGAAAUCAUUGAAGUUUUUAAAGAUGAAGAAAUAAAUGAAAUGGCAUUGUUAAGUUUAACUGAAACUAUGAUCACACAAUUGUUUCCCAAGAUUGGUCAACGCUCAGUAUUUUUGAAAAAACUUGGAGAAUUAAAAGAUCUAAAAAAUUUGUCUGUUCAAAAAAUUGAAUUACAACCAAAACACCCUGCGAUUGAUUGGGAUAAUUUGGAAUUUGAAGUAACAGAUACAGAUAAUAUAUUAUUACCAUUUGACGGCAAUGUUGUUGAGGAGGAAAUUUCAUUAAAUGAUAGUGCAUUAGUGUCUUCAAACACGAGUAUUACUAAAAAACAUAAUGAAUAUUCUUCAGUAUCAACAUCGACCACAAACAUUAAACAUUGUUUGGAACAAUAUCAUGAUGGGAAGUGUGUUUUAAGUUUCUAUGGUUCUUGUGGUUAUUUAAAUCAAUCAAUGAGAAAUAAAUUAUCAUCGGUAAUAAUUAAAGACCGUAUACAAAAGUCAAUAAAACUUGACAAGGUUCAAUUUACGGAAUUAGCAAAAGGCAUUGAAGAGUUGUUCCCAACUGAAAGUUGGGAAACUUAUUUUAUUCCUUAUUUGAAAGUAGGGGACAAAAUUACUCCAAAUAGAGGCAAACUGUAUGACAAAUAUUGUCAUUUAAAAAAAGAAAUAAAAAGAAUUACUCCAAAUAAAAAAAGAAACCAUUCUGAGAUAGUAGAAAACAAUACUAAUUUUGUCGAACAUGAUUUUGAAGAUUCUAUAAAUUGGUUAAAAAAUAAUAUUCAACCAGAAACUACUUUAGUUAAACUUUGGAAAGAAACAUCAAAUUUUAGGUUAAACCAGUCCUUAAAUAACAUUAAACUUUUUCCAGGUCUGACUAAACCCACUGGUUAUUUACUGAUUGAAAUUGAUUUUAUUCAGUUGUUUCCUACAAAGGAAAUGGGAUUGCUCAAUAAAUUUGAAUGUUUUAAAGAACAUUUAAAAAAAAUGUUGAAAAUUAAAAAACCUUAUUUGGGCUCUCAAGAGGAAUCAUUAUUACAACAACUUUUCACACCAGUUAAACUAGGUGAUGAUGAUUUAGCUGCAUUUAGUAUACUGCCACGUUUAUUUCAACCUGUGUCCACUGUAAUUACAAAAAUAAAUGGUUCAUCAUCAACACGUACAACCCACAAACCUUCAAAGUUAGAACAGGAAGCUGCAUUUAUUGUUAACAUAAUUAACGUCAAUGAACUAAAAUCGCUAAAUUCUGCAAAAAUUGAAAGAGCCUUUUCACUCGGAUUAACUGUGCAACCAUAUGUGGUAAUUGUUGGUUCUUCUACUACGCCAGAAAUUGCAUACUACGCAGUUAUUGAAGAUACAUAUUUUAAGCUCGAAACGGUGAUAAAAGCAUUUGAUGUGUGCUUUAAGAGUUUUCACACAUUGAAUUUGGAGUACCCGGUGGAAGCUAAGCAAGUGUGGACCUUCUUCCAAAUAUAUUUUUAUGGAAUUCAAGCUGCUAGCAAAUCCGAUCAACAAUUUGUGUCCGUUAAAAGUUUACUUAAAGAUAUCAAUAAUUAGUUAUU